AUGCUCUCAAAGCGGUUGGUGGACAUGAAUCCCACCCAAAUGACGUCUAUACCAAAGGUCCUUUUGGACAAAGAGAACAAUGAUAUCGUUUCAUACCCGUAUCGCCCCUCACGGUUCGGUUCGGUGCCCCAAGUUGCAGGUGAGCCUCAACAGCUGCUGCUCUUCAGCGGAGAAGUGCAACAGCUGGCGCUUUGCCCUGCAACUGCUCCCCUGAUUGGCUUCAACUUGCUCCUUCGGAGCUGCACGCAUUCCUCGGACUGGCGCAGCGCUCUGCGCUUGUUUGCACGACAUGCGGUCGUCGGAAACCGCGCCCUCGGCGAUGAGCAUCGUCCCUGCGAUCGAGGCUUGCGCCCGGGAAGGCGAAGCGAGGGCGACGGCAGAACUCUUGGAGGAGCUUCAACUAAUUGCUGUGCAAUGAGGCGAAGACGUGGUGACCUUGAACGCGGUCUGCGGAUGGCCCUGGCUCCUGGCCCUGGAGCUGUUCCUGGAGCUGCCAAGGUGUCGCCUGGAAGCAAACUCGGUGAGCUGCGACUCAGCCGUGACAGCUCUUGGCAGCCAGUGGAGGACGUCGUGGGCCGGUCUGCGGCGCUCAGCGCCUGCGAGCGGCGCCACGAGUGGCGCAGGGCUUUUGCUGCAAGAGAUGUGGAGCGGGAAGGGAAGCAAGACGCCUGGCGUGGAAGUUCGACCUCUUCAUGGGUCAAGUCCUAG